AUGAGCGUACACUCGCUUGAUUAUGCACAGCAGAGUGCCCCACGGCCUGAUAUUGAUAUUGAGAUCGGUCGCCCGUCAAUCAGCUCCCAAGUCUCUCCAACAGGAAGAGAGAGAGAGGAAACUUCGUCUCCUGCCUUCACCACAGCAGCAGCCCGAGUGAAUUCCACCGAGACGACAAAACGCCGAGCUAGACGCAACACUGCCCGCUCAUACCACCCCGAAGGAUUCGCACAAGAUCCCAAUUGGCAGCCAGGAACCGAACCUGGCAUUGACCCAACCAAGCCGCUACCACCGUACACGUCAGAAUGGGCAUCCAACAUACCCGCGGAUCUACACCGACGCUGUCAGAUUACGGUGGUGGAUUUCUCACAACAUGACAUGCGACAGUACGAGCUGGACAAUGAUACACUAGAGCAAUUUCUGGAACGGGAGAGAGAGCCCUGGGUACAAUGCCGGUGGAUCAAUGUCAAUGGGUUGAGCUGGGAUGUAAUCAAGAUUCUUGGAAAUCAUAAGAGAUUACAUCGGCUUGCAAUUGAGGAUGUUGUUCAUACCACUAACCGCACGAAAGCGGAUUGGUAUUCGGACCAUGCCUUCGUCGUACUGACAUUGCAAAAGUUGAUGAAGAUACAAGAAGAGGACUCUGAUUCGGAAGACGAGGAAGAAACUCCGAUCAGUCGAUGGAAAUCAAGGGACCGGAAAAGCUCUGUGGUCAGUGACAAGAGCUCGAUUUCGUUGAAGCGACCCACGAAGUGGAAUGUUAUCAUGGCGGCAUUGAAGGACAUCUUCCGAUUCAAACCCUCCGGGAGACAGGAGCGCAAGGAUAAGGCGACUUAUGGAUCAAGCGUUCGUCCUGGACUUGGACAAUCUUCAAAGCAGAACUCCCACUUUGGAAAUGUUGGGACCACCACAGAAACUACUGCCAGGAGUCUUCAACGAUAUCGCGGCGGUCCGAAUGAGGAUCGAAUUGAGUUCAUGGAACGUCAUGCUGCACUUGCGGCUAAAGGACUAUGUGUCACCUUGGAACAAGUUUCGAUCUUCCUACAUGCCGAUAAUACUGUGACGUCCUUCUUCGAAACAAGCGCAGAUGACAUUGAGUCACCAAUUGUUAGGCGCCUCACGUCACCCGAGACUAUCCUUCGUCAGUCAUGCGACGCCAGUAUGCUUUUGCAGGCCAUUCUCGAUGCCGUGAUUGAUCUUGCGAUUCCAGUCACGAUGGCUUAUCAAGACGCUAUCGGAGACCUCGAAUUGGAGGUCCUAACUGAUCCAGACAUUGAACAGUCGAAGUCUUUAUAUAUCUUGACAUCUGAGAUUGCAGUUCUGCGGAACUCCAUGCAGCCUAUGGUGGCUGUGAUUAAUGCUCUCCGUGAUCACCGGUCUGAACCUGUCGGCAUACCAGGCUUUGGGAUCCUGCGCAAUCCCCUUAGCCCAGGUGCCGCAGAAUCCGUUGAAACCCACCCACAUGUUGGGAUAACACCGAAUCUGAAGAGUAUUGGGGGCACGGGGGUUACUAUCAGCUCUAUGUGUCAUACAUAUUUGGGCGAUGCCCUAGAUCACUGCAUUACCAUUGUUGAAGGGUACGAUCAGAUGCGGCGUAACGCUGAUAACAUGAUUGACCUUAUUUUCAAUACUAUUGGUGCCUACCAGAAUGAAAGUAUGAAGCAGCUUACUCUUGUGACUUGUCUUUAUCUGCCUAUGACAUUCUUGACAGGUUAUUUCGGAAUGAAUUUCACGCAUUUUGGGGCAAUCGAAAACAAUGAAGGAUAUUUCUGGAAGAUUGCAGUACCCUUCGUCUGCGCCACGAUUUUCUUUCUGAUGCGCGACAAAAUCCAGCGCUACGCUGUCAUGCUUGCUCAGCGACGUUUGAUUGUUAGCUCGAGGAAGCAGAGACAAGAGAGGAAGCAUAAAUAG